AUGAGUCUAGACAAUAUUUUGAUAAAGCUUGGAGAAUUCGGCAAGUACCAAAAGCUUGUUUUGACAUUAACAUGCGUUAGUUCCGUGUCUGUUGGAUUGUAUGGCGUGAUGUCAGUGAUAUUUCUGAAUACUCCACAGCACAGGUGUAAAAUUCCUGGUCUUGGGAAUGACACGUACGAUAUACACAGUGCCUAUCAACAGAAUCUCGUCAACAACUACAUACCCCCAUCGGAUGAUGCCUCCCAUGACUAUGAUCAGUGCCAUCUGUACUCGUUUGAUUACAACAAUGUCAAGUUCGACAACUCCAGCAGACCGAUCAAUGCUUCACUAGUUAAAUGCAAUGAAUGGGUAUACAGCGAAUCCAUAUUUGUAGAAACGUUCACGUCAAAGUAUAAUAUCGUGUGUGAAAAUGCCCACAUAACUUCGUUAAUCAAGUCUCUCUUCUUCGUCGGCAAAUUCCUAGGAGCUUUCGUGUUUGGUACUCUCUCAGAUUCAAUUGGACGGAAAAAGACAUUUUACAUCUCGUUGUUGAUGUUUUUCGGCAUUGCAUUCGGUUCUUCGUGGUCUUCCUCACACAUCAUAUACGCGGUCCUAACUGUGGGGAUUGGUGCUACUACACAGGGUGUCUUUAUUGUGGGGUUUGUUCUCGGUGUGGAAGUAGUUGGUCCAUCAAAAAGGAAAUUAGCUGGUAUGAUUAUGCAGUAUUCUUUCGCCAUUGGGUUAGUGGCCCUAGCUUGUGUGAGCUACUUAGCCAGACAUUGGUUUUACAUCAAUAUUAUUUGUUCGGCGCCUGCUGCAAUCUUCCUGUUUUACUGGUGGCUUAUUCCCGAGUCCCCUCGUUGGUUGAUUACUAAACAGCGGUAUGAAGAAGCCAACGUUAUUCUGCAGAAGAUAGCUAAGAUCAACAAAGUUGCAAUAAAACGGGACAUGUUCGAUAAUAUCAUGGAGACUGAACCAGCCGGAAGGAUAUGGCAACUUUUCUCUUCAAGGGUCAUGUUUCUGCGUACAAUCAUCAUCCUCUUCAAUUGGUGUAUAGUAAGCAUGACUUACUACGGGUUGUAUCUCAAUGCUGGAAACCUCGGCGGAAAUUUCUUCCUAAAUAUGUUCUUAUCUGGGCUGGUAGAAUUUCCAGGUGAUACCCUGAUCAUACUUUUGGUUGAUCGCAUUGGCCGGAAGACACUUUACUGUCUCAGUAUGGUAUUAGGAGGAUGUGCAUGUGCAUCGACAAUAAUCCCUAUUAUGUAUGGUGAAAUAGAGAACCAGAUCAUAAUAGUCGUACUUGCCAUGAUUGGCAAAUUCGGUGUGUCGAUGGCUUUCAAUACACUUUAUCUUUUUUCCGCUGAGUUAUUUCCUACCGUGGUCAGGAAUGCUGGGAUGGGUGCAAGUUGUUGUUCUUCUAGAAUAGGAGGAAUUCUGGCGCCUUAUAUAGCUGACUCGGCAAUGUUUAUAGGUGGCAUGGUAGGGAAAGUGUUUCCUUUGGCGGUAUUUGGAGUGAUGUCUAUCUUAGCUGGAUUGUCAUCCUUACAUUUACCGGAAACUUUGAACAUGGAAUUGCCAGAAACAAUCAAAGACGGCAUUAUGUUCGGAAAAAGACGGGUACCAAUUUGUGAAAGUGAAAACACACUCCUCGAAAGUACCACAAACGGACAACCAAUUCCCAGAAAUAAUCAUGUAUCAAGCACAUGUAUGUGA